CUUCGGGAAGUCGGUUGCCUGGUAUUAGCAAGCGGGAAGUAUGGCGACGGCGGCGCGAAGCGACGCGGCUUUACCACCAGGAGAAGGUGCAGUGGUUGAUUGGUCAGGCCAAGGAUUACAGAAAUUGGGUCCGAAUUUGUCCUGUGAUGCUGAUACACAUACUUUGAUUCUUGAUAAAAAUCAGAUUAUUAAACUGGAAAAUCUUGAGAAGUGCCGAAGACUAAUACAGUUGUCAGUUGCCAAUAAUCGACUGGUUCGGAUGAUGGGUGUGGCCAAACUGACCCAGCUCCGAGUGCUGAACCUGCCUCAUAAUAGUAUUGGCUAUGUGGAGGGGCUAAAGGAGCUAGUACAAUUGGAAUGGCUGAAUUUGGCAGGAAAUAAUCUGAAGGCUAUAGACCAGAUCAGUAACUGCACAGCUCUACAACACCUUGAUUUGUCAGACAAUAACAUAUCCCAAAUAGGUGAUAUUUCUAAACUGAUAGCUCUGAAGACUCUCCUGCUACAUGGAAAUAUCAUCACCUCUCUUAGAAUGGCUCCAGCUUGUCUACCUCGAAACCUUGCUAUCCUUUCACUGGCAGAGAAUGAAAUACGAGACCUAAACGAGAUUUCUUUCUUGGCGUCCCUUUCUGAAUUGGAACAGUUGUCAAUCAUGAACAAUCCCUGUGUGAUGGCCACACCUUCCAUUCCAGGCUUUGACUAUCGGCCAUACAUUGUCAGCUGGUGCUUAAACCUCAAAGUCCUAGAUGGAUAUGUGAUUUCUCAAAAGGAAAGUUUGAAGGCCGAGUGGCUUUACAGUCAAGGCAAAGGAAGAUCGUAUCGACCUGGCCAACACAUUCAGCUGGUCCAAUAUCUGGCAACCGUUUGUCCUCUUACCUCUACUCUGGGCCUUCAAACUGCAGAGGAUGCCAAACUGGAGAAGAUACUGAGCAAACAGAGGCUUCACCAGAGGCAAUUGAUGUGCCAAAACCAAAACGAAGAAUCUUCAUCUUCAACUGCUAGUGAAACAGAGGUAGCCGUUGCACCUGAGCCCUCAGAUCCACCUCCAGGGAGCCAAAUAGUCCUGGAAAGUGAACCUGUCAUUCAAGUAAAUUCUUGGGUUGGGGCAAGUGUCCAUGAGGAUCAUUUAUAUGCUGUUAAGAGUAACCUGGCAGCCCCAGUACAGACUACAAGGUUUUCUCGAAAUGACCUACACCUAGAAGACAUUCAGACAGAUGAAGACAAGCUGAACUGUAGUCUUCUCUCUUCAGAGUCCACUUUUAUGCCUGUUGCCUCGGGAUUAUCCCCAGUAUCCCCUACUAUUGAGCUGAGAUUACAUGGUAUAAACUUGGACCUGGAAGAUGAUGGCACUGUGAUUGAAUCUCUGAAAGAAAUGAAAAACCAGGAUGUGGACAAGGAAGUAGAAAAAGCUUUGUGGGUUUCAAAAGAGAGUUCUGUUAAACCAGCAAAUGGUGAGGGAAACCCAGAGACCAGUGACAGAGAUGGAAUAUUCCUCUGCCCUGAGCUGGCCGCAGCAAGUGAUGUCUCAAGAGAUGGUGUUAGUCACCCCCCCAUAGCCUUUCCUGGGACAGGCGGAUUCAGGCUUUCUGGUGCACAGCUUGUUAAUGAAGGCACCUUGUCUCAAAUCAUUUCAGAAAAAGUUCCCUGCAGGCUUUUCCCUGAGGGAACUGUUGCUUUGGACAAAGAUUCCACCAUACUUCAAAGAAUGAAUGAUGCAGCUACCAAGCUCCAGGCCUGCUGGAGGGGAUUUUACAUCAGAAACUACCAUCCUCGAGCCAGAGAAGUGCGCUAUGAAAUACGGCUGAGGAGAAUGCAAGAGCACAUUGUUUGCUUAACAGAUGAAAUGAGGAGAUUGAAAAAAGAAAGAGAUGAAGAGCAUAUUCAAAAGCUUGUGCAAGAAGAGGCUGUGAGAUUCCUUUGGAACCAGGUGAGGUCGCUACAAGAUUGGCAGCAGACAGUGAACCAGCACCUCAGUUCUGCCUGGCAAUCUAGUGCUCCCGUAUCCAGCACCCUGUUGUCCUCCCAGUCCUCUCCAUUAUUUAUCUCCAGUCAGGAGCCCUCUUCAGCCAGUGCUUCUGACUGGUUUAUUUCAGAUGCUGAGGUUCUCCAGGAGAAAGUCAUACCUGAAUUCCCAGACUCUGGCUUUCACUCCUCCCUUGCAGAACAAGUUCACUUGCAGUAUUCAUUUGAUUCUGAAAAGAGUUCCAUUGGAGGGAGCGAUAGUUCUUUAAUGGGGAAUUCCUUAGAAACAGUUAGAUAUUUCAAAGAUACAGAUACAGGGGAUGCCAGUGAAGAGCAUGAUGAAUGGAGUAAAGAAGGCUCUAAUAAUGAACAGGAUAAUAGUCUUCUCGAACAGUAUUUAACUUCGGUUCGUCAGCUAGAAGAUGCUGAUGAGAGGACCAGUCUUGAGGAUGGCACAGAAGAUGGUGGUCUUCAAAUUAUUUCGGCGGCUCCAAGUUCAUGUUCCUUAUCUGACUCAGCUUCUGCUGCUAAUAUAGCUGAUAACAACGCUGCUCCUUUGCAAGAUGACACCCCUCAGACACCAGACACUUGUAAAUCAAAUGCAGAAGUUCAAGGUCAUCAAUCAGAAUGUGACUCUGCAUUUCAGGUGCUCCCUGUUGGUAUUGCUGUGUAGUGUAUCUGAUGCCAUGGAAAACAGAAAUUAUUUAAUUCUUCCUAAUUUUCACUUGUCCUUAUAUUUUCUUUCAGGUAUGUUUUUAAAAAAAAACUUCUUAAUUUAUAUAGAAUUUAUAUUCUCAUCUCUUGUUUUCCAGAUUUCAGAUAUCAUAUUGAGGCUUCAUUUUGACAGCAUUUUGCUAAUCUUGUAUGUUGAAAUACUCAGCUAUAUGAUGCAGAGCAAUAUUUAUAUUGAAAGCUAUAUGCACUUUAUUUCUUAAUAAUUGAACUGUAUCAAAAUAGCUUUUUCUUCUGUGAAAUGUACUAAGGCUUUGUUUUCCUCCAAAGAGAAUUCAACUAAAGCAUCUUCAAAUUUAGGAAAUUUUAUCUAAAUGGUUGUUGCAUUAUUUUGGAGAACUUCUGUUCUUUUUUGUUAAUGUAGAAAAUAAUUAUAUAAUACAUUUUAUAUAAAAAGAAAUCCAAUGCAAUGAACCAAUUAUGUACAGGACAGUGAACUGUUGAGGGGGAAACAAAAGCUGGCUACUUCACCUUCUGAAGGAGCAGGAAGGUUCCAGCCUUGCUUUGUUUUUUCUUUUUUUGAGUCAGGGAAAAAACUUUGCAAGCGUAUCCAAUAGGACACAAUGAGACUACAGAAAUUUUUCAGUAAAGAUCAUUAAUUUGCCUUAAGAAAUAGAUCUUUAAUUAAUAUUAUAAUAUCUUUAAAAGAACAGGAUCUUCAACAGUGAAGUGUUUCAUCCAACCCUGUAGCUUGGCUUACUUAAAGGAAGCAAUAAUAGAAACCCUUCUCUCAGAUGGGAAAAAGCAAGCACAAAGAUCAUUCCAUUUGUUAAUAAUACCACUGUAUGUGUUCUUAUUCUUUGAUUUGAAAACAUACUGGAAUGAGGUUUAUUUUUAUUCUUAAGCACUCUUGACCUGUUUCCCUAUUGUGUACAUUUUUCAAUAUUUUAAAUAAAAGUUCCUAUUUAUAUGACCCUUUACAAUGCACUUUUCUCACAUUAACCCCAUUUUAAAUUUUUUUUUAUCCCCAGCAUAGUGCCUUGCAUGUAGUAGGGAGUUAGUGAAUGCUGGUUGGAUUUGGAGAUAGCAAAAAUAUUAUUAAAGCCAUUUUAUUUUAUUUUGUUUGUAAAUACUUGAUUAAUAUCACUAUCACUUCAUUCUUGCUCUUUCAUUCCCUAGCACAACUCUUUCCUGUAACAAAUAAGUACAGCCAAAUCAACACAUUAGCCAUAUCUGAGAACGUGCUUUGUUCUGCGCCCAUUGCCUGCUCUUCUCUGAGAAGCUUGAAAUACGCUUCACACUUAGUCCUCUGAAGUCACGACUGAUCCCUACAUUUAUCAUAACUCUGAUGUCUUUCAAAUUAUAUUUACUUUACAGAUAAACUUUUUUGUGAAAUCUGUUUUUUAAAAUGACUUGCCCAGGGUCACACAGCUAGUAAGUAAGAGAGGUGUGACCCAAACCAAGGUAUCCUGACUCCAAAUAUUUCCUUUUUUACCAUUAUGCCAUCCUGCUUCACCUCUAUUUAAAUAGGAAACCUUCUCCCCCUUUUUUGAGGGAUGGGGGAGGAAUUAGUACUUAGAUUUGGCUAUGGAUGUCAGUAGAUGGCCCAUACACCAUCACCUUUUUAUUCUGCUCUUGGGUAAGGCAUGUACAGACUUGAAGAUAUUUACUGAUUGAAGAACUUGAGCUCCGCCCGCCUCCCCCCUAAUCUUUGUUUUUAAGGAAAUAUUUCUCACAGCUUAAAAAAAGUCCCACAUUUUGGAGAGAAAUUAGUGGUGGUAGUGUUGGGAAACCAUCUCUUUCACCCUUUAUUUGGUUAAAAAGUUCCCCAAGUGCACAAAGAAAAUAUUUUAUUUGAAGUCAUCAAAAGUAGAUCCGUAAAUCAAAAUAGGCAUAAUCUAACUUUGGGGAAAUGCUUUAAUUGUUGGAAAGUCAUCAAAAAAUGUUCUAUUAUCUUUUAACCACAACCAUGUAGAAUCAUGGUAUCUAUGGAAUGUUAGAGUUGUGAUUCAGUUCCAUUUAACAACUAUUUUUAAAGCAUCAAUUAAUGUGUGUGAGGCCUAGUGGUACAAAACCAAAAAUGAGACAAUUCCUACUCUCACUCUCAAGUUUAUGUUCUGUUGGGAGAUUUUAUGUACACAAGUAAAUUAAUACAAAGUAUAUAAAAAGUAAUUUUAGGAGGAAGAGAGUACCAAACUGUGCUAGAGAUUAUAAUUUCUAAUCAGAUUCCUAGAAUUACAACAAUUUAGAACAUUAAAAUAAUAUGAGACUUAAGUUAGAAGUUGAAGACCUAUUUGUCAUUCUCUAUAACUGACAGGGAAUCCAUUCUUUAGAGUUAUGUAAAAUAAACACUGAGACCUCCUAGGAUACAGUUAACAUUGAUAGUAUUUGUGCUGGAAUUAUUUUUUCUGUGUUCAUGAAUAAGUAGCAUUCAGGUUAGGAAUUCUUAUGGAUCUAGAAUGUUUUGCCAAGGAAAAUUUCCAUCUGUUUUCUUUGGCUAUCUAAUCCUAGAGUGAACACAGUAGUGAUAUGUUUGUAUUCGUUAGGUGGGCUUAUUAUAUAAUUUUUUCCCUCCUCUAGUGGUAACAUGUCUUACUGGUCUCUUGUUAAACAACAAUUGAAGGAUUUUUCAGUCUUUGGAUAAUGCUAAUUGUUUUUUAUGGAUCAUUUUAGAUUUCUUCUUAAAUGCACCCUAUUUUUCUAUUUUUACAAUUAAGUGCCUAAUUUCCUAUCAGGAGUUAGACAGAGAAAAGCCACCAUGUGUUGCCCUAGUGCCAAUGUUCUACUUCUCAUAACAUUAAAAUUUUCCGUAAAAGCUGCUAAAAUUUCCUAGUUCAGUAUUACCUAAUCAGACACUAGCUUGCUCACACCUUUUUUUUUCCUUUGCUAAGCUCAUUUGUACAUUAACAUUUAUCCACAUUAUUUUCUUUCUUUUGAUAUGUGAAUUUCAUUACUCAUAACUAACCUUCAAAAGAACUUAAUUUCAUGAAGAUUUAGCAAAAUACCACAUCAACUAAUAUUUUAAUUUCUCUUUUACCUUUGCUGAAGUUUUGAAGUACAAGAAUAUUAAGACGUCUCUUCCUCUUCUUCUUUUGGACCUUUACAAUUAUCGUGCAUGCAGUUGAGAUUAAAAGUAAUUUAAAGUUAGAAGGUAGGAAAUGUGUGGACCAGGCUUAAUAUAUCCCAAGGGGUUUAAAAUAGUUAAAAACUAAUUUUUAUAAAAUUUUUGGUUUCAAAGUCACAGAGUGCAAUAGUAGAUUGGGUUAAGAGGCUAGUAUAGUUUAACAAGAUUUGGUAACUGGCAGAAAAGGAUGGGUAUUUCGGAAGUUAGUUCUUUGAAUACGCUGGUCUUGUUCUAAAGUGUUUUAGUCGAGGGUUAGGGGCAAUUCAACAAUGUUGCUUCACUUUACUUAACAUUUUUUUCUAGUCUGUAGAAUUAUACAGAUUUAGUACAUGUCCAUUAGAAACAAUUGCAAACAACUGAGCUUGUUGAGAUUUGGUUAAACAUUCUGAUAUAAAAAAUUUUGUACUUUACAGUACUGAGUAGACAGAGUUUCCCUGUGUUUAUUUUUCUGACUUUGAAAGGAAAACAGAGUUUUGCUGUUGAAGGUAGAACGGUCAUUAAAAAACAAAAACAAAAUAAGAACACUUUUUUUUUACCUAAGAAGCAUAGUUGCAUUAAUUAUGUAUUAUAAAAAAGAAUGGAAACUAUGUAAAAGUUUAGCAAAGGAUCCUUCUAUAACAUCAAGGAUCUGAAAUUUCAUCAGUAUGAAUAGGUACUCCUACUGAGAUAUCUCCACGUCUUAGUAAACAGUUUCAUAAGUUGCUGGGGCCAAAAAAAUUUAUCAUUUGAUGGUCAGCUCUCUGAACUUGGCUAUUUUAGUCCUUAGUUAAUGUACAUUGCUGGGCCUGUACUAGAAACUUUUCCAGCUUAGUGAAAGACUUGUUAGAGUUGAUGCCUUAGAUUUUGAGAACCCAGGGUCGUCCUGAUACCACGAUGAGAUAUAAUUGUACCUUAAUUGAAGAACUUCUCAUAAUAAAAAGUGACAUGUUGUUAAUCAGAAUAAAGAUCUGGUGAAUCUUUGAAUUUGAUCACUUCAGACCUCAAGGUUUACUGCGCUAACUACAUGUGAAAGUCCAAACUAUCCUAAUUAUUACAGAAAGCACUUGUCAGGCAAGUCAACAAAUAUGUAAGCUAGUUUGAUUUUGUAUAUUUGCUUAUAAAAAGUCUCAUGCAUGCUACAGGUAGAAAUAUAAAUGAUUGAUGACAAAGCUGUUCUUGUGAGUGUACAGAUAAUUUUUCUUCACUUUAAUAACGUAGAUACCACAGAUCUUGAUAAUUGUAAUAUUUUAAAGUGGGGAUUGUGGGGAAGGGAUGAUAUUUUUGUUAAAAUAACAAAAACAAAACCCUCUGUUAUGGUGUGUUUCUGUGUGCCUCCUUAAUUCUGUCUUAUUCCCACUUUUGUCAGCGUUUUCAGGAAUUGGGCUCAUUGUCUAAUUCCUGGUGGGCCAUUCUGAUGAUUUGUGUAGUUGUAUUUAGAAUACAUAAACUACCACUGUGCUUUCAGAUCAAGAUAGGCAAGAAGGACAGAAGCAAUACUAUCUAAAAAAUGAAAUGCUGUAACUACAAUGAAAUGGAUACAGUAUAAAAAUACAGGAGCAGGUAUUCCUAGGAAGUGGAUGUAGCAUGAAAAUACAGCAUGAAAAAGAUUAGUGACCCAUUCAUAAACCAAGUGAAAAGAUGGUUUGCCUAUUUAAUACGUAGGUUUUUAUUUCGAUGAUUACACAUCUAGUUGAAGUAAAUUUGCUAUGCUGUGGUUCCUCCUCAUAGUCACUUCUAGGUAAAGUUUGCAACUACUUUGGCAUGGAGUUAAACAGAAAAUUUAGUCAAAAAACACUUUAAAGAUUUUCUGAAUUUGCUUUCCAAGAUAGAACCUAUCGUGCCAUAUUAAAAUUUCAUAAAGUAAAUGACAGUAAAAAAAGUAAAAAGCAGCCUUCGAGAAUAUCCACGUACUUAAUUGCAUUUUUCUGAAAAUCAGGUGCUUUUUAACCUUGCAUACCAUUCUGAAUCCAGUUCACUCCAUUGAUUAUAGUACAUAGGGGAAUCAUGCUAUAGUGGCUUUGUUCAUUUUGCUGUUCCAUUUCUUUGUUUUUUGGGGGGGAGAAGUGUUUUAUGCAGAUAAUAGAGUUUUAAAAAUUAACUUGUGGUUUAUUUUUAGUUUUUUUUCUCUAAAACUGUAGAAAAAGUAUGUGGUUAAAGUGAUUACAGUGUGUGUUUUUUUUAAUGACUGCUGACUUUUAAUAUUGUGCUUAAAUGUUUAGUUUGCAUUUCUGAAGUUCUAAUUUUAAAUAAAUUAUUUGUAUCUUUGCUUUAGACUUAAUCUGACUUUUUUUAAACUGCUAAUAGUAAUUGUUCUUAUUCAUGAUUCUGAUGAUUAAAGGAGGUAUGUUGUUGUGUUGUUUCA